UGGCAAAGAUGGUUACGUGCGGCGUCAUCCAAGCCGAGUUGUGCGCAUGCUCGCUAUGCGUGACACCAAAUAACGGAGACCGGGAGCUGCGGGAGAUUCGGUGCCGUGCUGUCCGCCGCCUCACCCCGCCGCAGCCAUGAGCUUCUUCGGCUUCGGGCCGGCCGCGGAGCUGGACAUCGCGCUGACGGACGCGGAGAGCCGCCGGCGGGUGGAGCACAAGACCGAGGACGGCAAGAAGGAGAAAUAUUUCCUCUUCUAUGAUGGAGAGACCGUGUCCGGCCGGGUGACCGUCACCCUGCGCAGCCCGGGCAAGAGGCUGGAACACCAGGGGCUGAAGAUCGAGUUCAUCGGGCAGAUCGAGCUGUACUAUGACCGGGGAAACCAUCAUGAGUUUGUCUCCUUGGUGAAGGAUUUGGCGCGCCCUGGAGAGAUCUCGCAGUCCCAGAGUUUCGACUUUGAGUUCACUCACGUGGAGAAGCCGUACGAGUCUUACACGGGGCAGAACGUGAAGUUGCGGUACUUCCUGCGCGCCACCCUCAGCCGCCGACUCAAUGACGUCGGUAAAGAGAUGGACAUUGUGGUUCAUACUCUGAGCACCUACCCGGAGCUGAAUUCUUCCAUCAAGAUGGAGGUGGGGAUCGAGGACUGUCUGCACAUCGAGUUCGAGUACAACAAGUCCAAAUAUCACCUUAAAGACGUCAUCGUAGGGAAAAUCUACUUCCUUCUCGUGCGGAUCAAGAUCAAACACAUGGAGAUCGAUAUCAUAAAGCGGGAAACCACAGGGACCGGACCAAAUGUUUACCACGAAAACGACACAAUCGCCAAAUAUGAGAUCAUGGAUGGAGCCCCAGUGCGAGGCGAGUCCAUUCCCAUUCGGCUUUUCCUGGCUGGCUAUGAGCUGACCCCGACCAUGAGGGACAUCAACAAGAAAUUCAGCGUGCGCUAUUACCUUAACCUAGUUCUGAUAGACGAGGAAGAGAGACGCUACUUCAAACAGCAGGAGGUGGUGUUAUGGCGUAAAGGAGACAUCGUGAGGAAGAGCAUGUCUCACCAGGCCGCCAUUGCCUCUCAGAGAUUCGAGGGAACCCACCCCGACAACCGGCCUCGGCACAGCGGGGCGGCUGCAGCAGACCAAGAGGACGAGUGACUGCUUGUUGAGUAACAGAAACAGGUUCAACAAUGACUCAGCAGCGACUGGACCCCUCCAAGCCCACCCGUUCACCACCCGCGAGGACACUUUGGUGGGUCAAGCUUGCAGAGGGAUGAGACCAGCUUCACUUUACCGGGGGGGGGGGGUCGGCUGUCCGUUCCUCUCGCUGCUACUUGACGUUUAGUAACGUGGGGUUGGGAGGGAGAAAACGGGGGGCCUGGCCCCUUUAACCCUUUGUGUUUAUAUACUUUUUAAUGAUCUUAUCGGCUUGUAAUUAUCACAGGCAGUCCCUCCAUUGAAGCCCACUACGUCUGGACGGAGAACCAAAGGGUCGACCUUUUUACGCAGGGAAGGGUCUUUACGUAUGACAAGUGCCCUCUUCACCCCGUGGUUGUAGAGUUAGUGCUGACCUCCACUUAUCGGUGUCUCUGUGCCAGUAAAGGACCUGUCUGUCCAUUCCAA